GGGGCGUGGCCUCAGUGGAGAUAGCCAAUAGCAGCCGGCGAUGCGGCGAGGGGGCGUGGCCAGAGGCGCGCCUGUCACGCGAUAGGUCCUCAGCCGGCUUAGCUGACCAAUGGGACAGCAGAGCGGAGGAAGCCACGCCUCCUCAUCGAGCAGACUUUCACUUUAACCAAUCGCGUAGCGGGAAACCCGAUGAGCGACAGCAGCCGCCUACCAAUGGGAGGUGUGAACCGCGCGGACCAAUCAGCGCGGGAGAGGCGGAGCGCUGCGGCCAAUCAGCGCGAGGGGGCGGGGCCGGCGCGGCGCCGUUACCGCCCGGGAAAGGGGAGGAGGCGCCGCCAUCAUGAGCUACGGGUACGGAGAUUGGAAUUCAGGCUCGAGCAGAGGGUACGAGGGCUAUGGCUACGGCUACGGCUACGGCCAGGAGGGCUCCGGGGGCUUCGGCUUCGGCGGCGCCGCCGGGAAUUCCUGGGAUUUGGGGAAUUCCGAGCCCGACGGGGCCCCCGAGGGCGGCGACGGCCCCGGGAAGCAGCGGCAGGAAGCGGGAGCCGGGAUCCACGGCGAGGCCGAGGGGCUGCAGGGACGGGGCUACGGGGCUGCCCCCGAGAGGUACGAUCCCUACGAAUCCUACGGCGACUCCCGCGUGAACGACCACCGGGAUCUGUACCGGGCAGCCUUCGACUACCCCGGCGAUUAUCCCGGCGAUUAUCCCGGCGAUUACCCCAACGAUUACCCCAACGAUUACCCCAGUGAUUAUCCUGAUUACCCCAACGAUUACCCCAACGAUUAUCCCGACUAUCCCAACGAUUAUCCCGGCGAUUUUCCCAACGAAUCCGAGCCCGACGCCAACGACUUCUACGGCCGGCCCCACCCGCGGGAGCAAUUCCAGGGCAAAUUCCGGGAAGGCUUCGGGCCCCGGGGGGGCUGGGGGGGCCGGGAGCGGGGCUUCCCGGGGUUCCCGGCCCGGGGGGGCUGGGCCGAGCCCCGGGGGCCGCCCCGGCGCCUCCCGUCGCUCUUCUCGCACAACAUCCUGCCCGAGCCCGGCGCCUUCCGCGGCUUCCCCGGCGCCUUCCGCGGCCUCAAGAGGAUGAGGAGGGGCUGGAGGGUCUGGGAUGCCGAGCUCAGGCCGCAGCGCAAGCGCCCUCGCCGGGACUCGCUGGGGCGGCGGCGGCCGCAGCCGAGCGGCUCCGAGGAGCGGAACCCGCGCACGGACGGCUCCGACAACUCCAGCUCCGACAACGAGGAAGGCACGGAGGGAGAAUCCGGAGAAAAGGAGGAAUCCAGAGGGGAAGGAGAGGAUGAAGAGGGAAGAGAUUCCGAGAAAGGUGACACCAAGCUGCCCCAGCAGACAGCCCAGUUCCUGCAGGAGGAGGUGGCCAACAAGACGCGGAAGACGGAGGAGCGGCGCCGCGGGAUCCGGGACAUCAACGCCGUGAUCCAGCAGAUCCAGAGGGAGCAGGACCUGACCCAGGAGCUGGGCCUGGAGCACUUUGUGCGGAAGGUGGAGGCCGCGCACUGCUCGGCCUGCGACCUGCUGAUCCCCAUGCACUUCGGCUCCAUCCAGAAGCACCUGCGCUCGCCGGACCACAACCACAACCGCCGGGUGAGCCCGCGCCCGGGGGUCCUGGGGGGGAUCCACCCCGAUCCCGGGGAUUUACACAGGGAUCCACCCCGAUCCUGG